AUGGUAGUUAAGAACAUAUACAUUUCAAGACAUGCACAUUCAAGUGCAUGGUUACCAGAAGAUCAACAACCAUUAAGUAGAACUGGGAUACCGAAUGAUCUCCCACUAACUGAACAUGGUGUUAAUCAGUCUAUGGAGUUGGCUCAUUACAUUCUGUCGGUGGAUACGCAACCGGAUAUAAUAAUUGCGUCACCCUUCUAUUCCUGUGUAGAAACUUCGAAAUAUAUUGCUAACUUAUUGGAUAUCCCUGUAUAUUUGGAUAAAGGAUUAGGAAAUUGGUUCAAUACUGAGAAUGAGAAAGGGACUACUCCAACGGAUUUCAAUACAUUAAAUAGUUUGUUUCCAGGUGUAUUAAAGAAUGACUGGGGUAAUGGAUCAACGGUAGAGCCACUAAAGGAUGGCGAGACUAAAGUAGAACUAUAUUCCAGAAGUGCCAGCUUUAUAACAAAUAUGUUAGAAAAACUUAAUAAAGAACAUCCAGAUGUAGAGACUGUAUUAUUAAUGACACAUGCACCUGUCAAGAUAGCUAUUGGAAUGAAUAUAUUGAAACUGAAAAGUUGGGACACUCCAUUAGAUGAAGACGGUAAUGUAUUACAAGCUAGUGUAUGUUCGCUGGAUAAAUAUCAAUGGAAUAAACUUGAUGAAGAAGAUGAAGAAGAUGAAGAGGAUAAAGAAGAGAGACAAGAUAGUAAUAGUAAUGUAGAAUCAAUAAAAUGGAUUAUGACAAUGAAUAAUAAUACGGAAUUUUUAAGGGAUGGUGAAGAAAAGAUUUGGAGCUUUAAAAAUACAACAUCAGAGGGAAUUCAGCAAGAAGGUACUUCGGAUGUAAACAAAGCAAAUGGAACAGAAGAGCAGGAGACUGAGACUGUAUAUAUAAGUGUUGAUUUGAAUAGUGGCAGUUAUAAAGAGAAGCUGGAUAUUGAUAAAAAUGCAAUUUUUCAACAUUCAGGGCUCGACAGAGACCAUCCUUUAAUUAGAAUAGGUGAUAAACUGUAUGAAGGUACGUGGCAAAAAUUAUUAGGUACUGAAUUGGCGUUCCCAGAUUCUGCUUCUAUCAAUAGACGUGAAGGAGCAACAGGUUCUGAAACAGUCGGUACAGAAGCAGAUGUCGAUACAACGUCAACGGACCUUAAAAAGAGCAACCGUCAUGACCAAAAGCAUACUGAGAAAAUUUAUAGAAUCACCGACAGAUUAACACUACGUGGUGUUGAACCUAUGUAA